GAAAAAAACAACAACGCACUAAUUAGUCUGUGGCAACACUCGACAGUGAAAGGUUAGCACAUUGGCAACGACAGGAUGUCAGACAGCGAAUCAAUCAAGAAAAUGUUGCGGUCUGUACUCCAGUCUAGCAAGGAUGGCGUGAGUAUUCUCAAUCUGCAAUCGGAGUACCGCUCACUCUGUGGAGAGACCAUCCCUCUGAGGAAACUGGGCUUCACCAAUUUGGAGGAUUAUCUCAGAAGCGUACCCUCUGUGGUGCGGAUGGACUACCGCAAUGCAGACUUGAGAUGCUUUGCGGCAGUAUGCAGUGAGACAGCACACAUUGCCCAGCUGGUGGCGCGACAGAAGAGCGCCAAGAAAUCAGGGUGCUCCCAAUUCGUUAACUGCAGGAUGAGACGCAAAGAUUCCGAGCCUUACAUGAAUCGGUGGCCAAUGUCUUCUCUACGGCAGCCUUCAGCUGGUGGCGCAUUCAGGCCAGCCAACCGCUUUCAACUCCACGGUGGCUACAGAGGCUUCAGUGCUUCUGGCGAUGUCAGGGCCAAGAAUUUAGUGAUUCCGCAGAAAACGAAAGUUGUAAGGAAAAUUCAAAUGAAUAAAUAUUCUGUUAACACAGAGAAGCCCCAUGAACAAGUCUCCGGAACCAACAACUCGGAGCCAACACUACUUGACAAGACUGUGGUGCAGGAGAGAUUAAUCCAGCUACUGAGCAAGUACUGCUCUGGGCUGUGGAUGUCAAAACUGCCCACUAUCUUCAGUGAAAUGUUCGGUCAGCAGCUGUCUCCUCAGGUGACCAGUGAGUUGGAAAAGUGGACACACAUUUGUAAGGUAGAAAAAUCAUGCAGCACCAAAGGUGACUUCCUGGUUUAUCCUACGUUGCCUUCCUCGACUGCUUCGGCAAGGAGCCUGUCCGACGGCCCCUCAAAAUCCCCCAUCCACUCCAGCAUGAUGUCUACAUUAAAUUCCUCCCAAGUGUCUACCUCUGCCCCUCUCCGAGCGCAUUCUGUUUCAAAACCUCCAGCUGGCCCCAGAGAAGCCUUAGCCAAGCCAGCAAUCGGUUCGGCUCCACAGUCAACUGAUCAUUUCAGUUCUUUGAAGAUGUCACACAACUUGUCUAAUAGUCACACAGUCAGUUCAAGUAAUGUCAGCUUGGUCUCAACUGCUGUCAAUGGCAGACAAAAUUCUUACUCUAUGGCGCCUAUGGGCAAUUAUCCGCCAAAAACCAACCCUCCUGCAUUAACUCCUUCUUGUCACUUCCGCUCUGAGGAUUUACCACCACAAAAGUCCACAUUGUCACUGAACUCUGUUUCCUCCCCUGGUCCUCCCGUUGAAUCUUGUGCUGCCGUUUUGCCAGCUGAUGUCUGUUACAGAAUAAAGGAGCUUCUAUCCAAGUACAGUAAUGGGUUAUGGGUCCAUGCAUUGCCCAAACUGUUCAUGGAUGCUUACAAGGCCCCAUUCCCUGAACAUUUUAUGGAUAAAUUAUCUCUCCUCCCGGACUUGUGCACCGUGGAAUACCCUAUUUCACACGACAGCAAGAAGGCCAUCCUGUAUAAGCCAAUUAGAGUGAAGCUAGAAGACACUGAGAGCAAUGGCAGUCAGAAGAGCAGAAGGCACUACCUUCCAUCUGGUCUGGAGGUUACUGGCCCUGUAGUUCCUCCCUGUUUAGUUCAUCCCGCAGUCCAGUAUCCCUCUGUGCUGAUUACUGAGGCCAAAAGCAGUAAUGCUGUUACUGUAAGGUAUGUUGGCGAUGGCUAUUCCAAAGCCCUGGAGGCAAUGGAGGAUGCUAUGCAUGCCUUGUAUAAACAAAACUCCACACUCCAGCCUCUCUCUCAGCUUGCCGUGGGUCAGCUGGUAGGAGUCAAGGGAGAGAAUGGCAACGAACUGACGAGAGCUCAGGUCACCGAGGUGACCAAUGCUAACGUCAAGGUUUACUAUGUUGAUCAUGGCUUUACUGUGGAGAUUCCUCGAGAAAGUCUUCUGGAGCUGCACCAUGACUUCCUUUCACUGCCCUUUCAAGCCACCAUUGUUAGGAUGGCAGGUUUAGAGGCAUUCAGUUCCCAUCCAUCUGUGUUGUCCUCUUUGGAGACGUUUGCUGUUGGAAAGAUUAUGUUAAUGGAGAUUUUGGCCUCAACUUCACCCAGUGACUUGCCUGAGGUCUUACUUUAUGAUACCUCACAAGAUGAUGACAUCAACAUAAACUCUCUCUGCUUAAAGGAAUUGCAAGACCGGACCAUGAAUAACCCUUUAACUGUGAAUUCUACUUAUCGUGGUGUAUGUGUCACAAAUAUUUGUGUGGAUGGCAGCAUCUUUUGCCAGCUGCCCUCCAGAGGAGCCACAAGGCUCAACAAGUUGUUGGAAGAAACAAAAGCAUUUUUGCUCUCUCAGGUGACCUCUGAGUACUUGGUUUCUCAACCCUUCAUUGGAAAGAUGUGUCUGACCUGCUACAAAGAUAAAUGGUGCAGAGUGGAGAUAACCAACCUUCAUGGGAAUAGGGUCAUGGAAGUUGGCUUAAUUGAUUUAGGUGUCUCAGCAACAGUCGAGGUCACUGAACUUCGAGAGAUACCCCCUCUUUUUCUCCGAGACUUUACCCUCAUCCCGCCGCAGGCCAUCAGAUGUCGUCUGGUGGAUGUGAUGAUUCCAGAGGGAGAGUGGAGCCUCGAUGUUGUUUCCUGGUUGAAGAAUGCUCUCCUGGGGGUUGAGGAUUGUAAAAUGAAGAUUUUUAAGUUGGAAGAGCAAAAGGAGGGGAAACUUGUGCACAUGUACCUGUUUGUUCGUGCUGACUACGAGGACGUGCACCAGAGCAUCAACCAUAAGCUGAGCAACCCUGAAGUGUGGCAGACACUCAACAGCAACAGAAGCUUCACGGCCACUAGUAAUGCUAGUGCUUCAAUCAAGAGACUGGAUGUUAGGAGCCAAACUUACCUUCAGCCACAGCUAAUUGAAUCAUCUUCAGCAGAAACAACCCCCACGAUGCCCUCACCUCUGGCGCUCCCCCUGCCUGGUCAGAACAUAGAUGUCCACAUAUCAGCAGCUUGCCACCCUGGUUACUUUGUGCUGCAGCUGUGGCGGGACCUGCAUAAAUUGGUCAUGUUGAUGGGAGAGAUGAUGCUGCACUACAAUCAGACUGUGACCCCCACAGAUGUGCAGAUCAAAAAAGGAGACAUUUAUGCUGCCAAAAUAGACAAAAGUUGGUACCGUGCAGUGGUGAAGGGGAUUCUGUCCAACGGCUUGAUUUCUGUUUACGAGUUGGACCAUGGAAAACACGAGCUCAUCCGCAGCUCUUUCCUCCAACCCUUGAUUGAAGAAUUUCGGCAGCUACCUUUUCAGGCCAUCAUUGCACAGCUGGCAGGUGUGCCAAAGUGCCAGUGGUCAGAAGAGGCGUCCUUGGUCUUCAGGAAUCAUGUGGAGAAGCAAGCGCUCGUCGCCCAGAUCGAAAGUAUACAAGAUGAGCCGGAGGUCCAAGAGGAACUGUGGGAACGCAAAUUAACGGUCUAUUUAGUGGACACUAAAGUAGAAGACAAGGACCUUUGGAUCCACACCCUCAUGGCGGAUUUUUGCAGUGAGACAUCUUCUGCUUUUUAGUAACAGCAAAAUGUUUCUCAUCAUACUUUUUGUUUCCAUGUUAUUGAGUUGGUCAUUAUCUGUGCAUGCUAAUUGGAAAUAUCACACAUGUUUUUG